GGGCGUGGCCGCGCGGUCGGGCCCUAUGAUGGCGGCCGGGCGGCGGCGGCGCGGCGCUGGUGCUGAGGUAACGCGGGGCCUUGGCGGGCGCUGCGCGGUUCCGCCGCGCGUCACAGAGCGGCCGAGCGCUGAGGGGACGGGCGGGGGGGGAGCGCCGCUGUGGGAGCGCCGCGAGGGAUCCGGGUGCCGCCUCGGGGCCGAGCGAGGCCUCGGUUCGCCGGAGCUUGGAGUGUGCGCGGUGCCCUCGCACUGACGAUGCCUGUCUUUCUCUCUCUCUCUUUCUCUCUCUCUGUCUCUUUAUUUUUUUCAAACAAAUAGUUCCUACCGCACUGGAAUCACUUGCGAGCUCCCCGCUAAUAACUCUGAUGCGAUCCUCCCUGCCUCGCACGCUGGCAGAGCGCUGCCCCUAUCGCUGCCCAGCUCGGCGGUUCUGCUCUCCCUGCGGCUUUGCCGUCGCAGCCCGCGCUGUUCGCGGCCGCUGUGUGACCGCCCGUCCCGCCCUUCGGGCCGCGUGUGACGGAGCUGCCGCCGUGUUGGGGUCCCGCGGGGCGCUGUGUGGGGCUGCCCUUCCUCCUCCCCCCGAGCUGUGUGCGUUGUUUUCCUCGUAGAGCAUCGCUCCGGCCCUUAUCCUGUCGAGUAACUGGAAGUCAGUUGGGCGCUGCUGCUGCUGCUGCCAGUUUCCCUUUUUGACUCUUUUUUUUUGUGACAACAGGAGCUAGUUGGGAAGUUGUAGUCAUGCAAAAAGGCCAGUGAAACUUCCUCUCUCAUCUUAGUGCCACAAGAGAGAAAACGUUGCUAAAUUAUAACGCAAAUCUUUACCUAUGCAGUCAUCUCCUUAAAAGUCAGCUCUGUUUCAAUCCGUUGCUCCUCAGCCUCAGGUUUCAGCUAGGACCUCUCUGAUAUCCCGGGUGUGGAUGGAGAGCAUGAAACAGUCCUGUUAUUCGCAUAGAAAUUCCCAAAAGACACUGAGAGAAAGGAGCAGCAGGGUAUGGGAUAGCCCUGCCUCAGCGCAGUGCAAUCCUAGGUUUGAAUUGUUGCCUUCUUGAACGCUGAGCUGUGUUUGAAAUCACGCAGUCCCACCCAAAUGAUGUGUUAGCCAGCCCUUACCAUGGCUGCAAGCUUACAGAGUGACUUCUGAAGUAUUCCAGCGCUCGAGCACAGCAUUGCGUUCAGUGCAAUGCUCAGAGGUACCGCCCUGCUCGCUGCAGGGUGUUGGUGCACCUGGCAUUGCCACGCCAGGCCGUAUGGGGGAAAACACAGCUCAGUUCUUGUUCAUAAGUUAUAGUUCUGUGGGUUUUUCCCCCUUCCCCAGAACCCUUGAUCUUGAAGAUGGUGAGUAGCCAGCCUAAGUACGAUCUAAUACGGGAGGUUGGUCGUGGCAGUUAUGGUGUGGUGUACGAAGCAGUCGUCAGGAAGACCUCUGCACGGGUGGCAGUGAAAAAGAUUCGGUGCCAUGCUCCAGAGAACGUGGAACUAGCUCUGCGUGAGUUCUGGGCACUUAGCAGUAUCAAGAGCCAGCAUCCCAACGUCAUUCACCUGGAGGAGUGCAUCUUGCAGAAAGAUGGCAUGGUGCAGAAGAUGUCACAUGGCUCCAGUUCCUCCCUUUAUUUACAGCUUGUAGAGACCUCAUUAAAAGGAGAAAUAGUCUUUGACCCCAGAAGCGCUUAUUACCUUUGGUUUGUAAUGGAUUUCUGUGAUGGAGGAGAUAUGAAUGAGUAUCUGUUGUCUCGAAAACCUAACCGCAAGACCAACACCAGUUUCAUGCUUCAGCUCAGCAGUGCACUGGCUUUCCUGCACAAAAAUCAGAUUAUUCAUCGUGAUCUCAAACCUGACAAUAUUCUGAUAUCGCAGAGCAGGAUGGAUGCCAGUGACUUGGAGCCCACGCUGAAAGUAGCUGACUUUGGGCUGAGUAAGGUAUGUUCAGCUUCAGGACAGAAUCCUGAGGAACCAGUCAACGUAAAUAAGUGUUUUCUAUCGACUGCAUGUGGGACUGACUUCUAUAUGGCCCCCGAAGUCUGGGAAGGACACUACACUGCCAAAGCAGACAUUUUUGCACUGGGGAUCAUAAUCUGGGCAAUGCUAGAAAGAAUCACAUUCAUAGACACAGAGACAAAGAAAGAACUCCUGGGUAGUUACGUCAAGCAGGGGGCAGCAAUCGUGCCUGUUGGAGAGGCACUGCUAGAAAACCCUAAGAUGGAACUGCUCAUCCCCGUAAAGAAAAAAUCCAUGAAUGCACAGAUGAAACAAUUGAUUAAGGAAAUGCUGGCUGCCAACCCGCAGGACCGUCCUGAUGCUUUUGAACUAGAGCUGCGAUUAGUCAACAUAGCUUUUAAAGACAGCAGCUGGGACACGUGACCUGCAGAGUGGUCAUCUCUUGGAAGAGCUGCUCCUUGCCCAGCUGAUGGUGCAACUUAAUGGCAGUAAAGAAACGAGCCCGAUCUCAGACCUGCAGGGUGUAGUUUCUAUUGAUGGAAUUUUGUUUGAGUUCCAUAUGUUAUAAGAAUGUGAGUUGGCAGUUGUGUUAGCGAUGCGUUGUGUUUGUUUCCAGGAUGUUAUGUGUUAAGUCUUAAGAUGUGACAAUGUUCAUUUGUGUACGUUGGCAGUGGGACAUCCUAGGAGCUGAGACUUGAUUUCCAGCCAUAUCUCAGAGUAUUUAAUACAUUCCAGUUUCCUAUAUCAGUAUUAGGAACUCUCCUGGAAGAAGAGAUUUGCAUGCUGGUAGUGCAAAUCUUCAGGUUUGUAAAGUAACUGUGUAUAUAUUUAUGCAUAUGAGUGACUGAGAGCGUAUGCCUGCAAGUGUGUUGCAUUCCAUGGGGAAAUGACACUUUUCCUAAAUUAUUUGCUGUGGGUCUGAAUGUUUGGGGUCUGCUAGAAAACUGGGUGAAGAAGAUGGAUGAGAAUCAUUCCUUCCCUGGUCCGGAAUAACUUUAUUAUUUAUUUUUAUCUAAUGUUAAAGGUAGGGUCCGAGACUUGACUUUGUGAGCAAAAAAUGCAAUGCAAGUGUGUCAGCAGCUCUCAGAGUGCUGAGGUGGCCAAGCUUUGCACUCACAGCCCAAGGAGCUCAGCACUGAGGGAGUCCAAUGCCAAGUGUCUGCAGCUGGGUGCUAGCAUGUUGGUGAGGUCAUUAAUCAUUCAAUUUUGCUUUCUCCUACUAACCAAAUACCUUAUUAAUCCACUAAUCUACAGUUUCACAACAUGCUCACUGCUCUUCUACCUAUAGCCCAGCAGCAAACCUGAGUACUUAGAAUAGGAGAGUACUGUGAGCUUCCAUCAUGAGAAUGUGAACACUCAGUGAGGGAAUCCAGCAGCAUUGAAGCACUGGAUUUAAGAGCACUCAGAGUUAUGGUUCCAGCACAGCUGGAUUGGAUGUUACUGCCCAUGGGCUCUGCCUGGUGCUGACUGUCACCUGGGAGUGAUGAGGAGGAAAAGGUGGCUGUCUCAUGGAGCACACACAUUCUCUUGUAUGAAUAAGCAGCACAGGCAGAAUUACUGCUUGUUCCUCCAGAAGCAAAGGAUUCUAACUCUGUCAGAAGUCUGUGGCUGUACAGACUGCAGCAGCAGUUCUGAGCUGUAGCUCUGACCUGGUGCAGUGCUGGUGGCAGCAGACACAAGAUCCUUAGCCCUUAAUUCUUGUCACUUCACAUCACUUUGUGUAAGGCAGCUCACCUAAACAGGGAUGCUCAGACAAGCAUUGCUGCCUUGAAACAAAGCAAUGUUUAAUGUUCAGAAGAAGGAACUCUCAGGUGAUCCAUCAGCUGAGUGCAGCAGAGCACCUCUGGGAGCAUCAGUUGGUGGGGAUGGAUGUGACAGCAGGGUUGUGCUGCUGUCCCUGCAGGGACUAGGCUUGGAACCUGUCUGUGGGUAGUGGAUGACAAGCAGAGAUGCACCUCUUGUGCUCUGGAAGUGGAGAUCUGCUCAUUCUCAUGUUUUAACUGGGUUCAUUACAAGUGAGGACUCAGUGUGUUACCGACAGGAGCAGAAGAAACCUCUUGCUCUCUGUGCCAGCACUUCUACAGUACUUCCAUCCCAGCCCUGGUCAUCCAAUGAGGAUGUAUCAUCUUCCAUGUUACACUUGGGAGGUUUUGGAAAUACAUUAGCUUCUUCCUCUCGCCUGCCCACCCAAAAGACAGAAUCAGCUAUGUUAAUCUUACAGCAUUAAACUACUACAGAAAAAUAGCACUUACCUUUAAGGUGCUUUCCAAAUCCUCUUGUUCUCCUCAAGCACUUCAAAGGUUGAACACUGAGCGUGCUGCCGAGCUGCACUGCAGAGUUGGGUGCUAAUGAAUGGCACAGAGAAAAUGUUUUUUGACUCCCACAGCACUUGUUUGCACUGAUUGCCACUUUAAAGGGUGGGGGUACCUGAAAUCCCUCUCAUGGUGCUUAGCGUUGCUGGUGGGUGACACUGAGCAUGUCCUUGGUUCAUGCGGAGUGGUAGUCCUUGAGGUGUGUGUUCUGUUUGUUGUUGAGGUCUUUGUUUUAAAGCCUUAUGAUAAACUUGUAGCAGCUACAGAAUUGUUCACCAGCACGACACAAAGUCAAGAUACUCUUCAGCAUUCAUAAAAGGUUUUUCAAAUCUUUCUUUAAAAAUUGUAAUAUAUAUUUUAUGCAGGAUUUAUAAUGGAGAGAUUGUGUAACUUAUUACGUUCAUGCCUUUUUUUUUUUUUAAUAAAAUAUGAAUUUCAAUGAAGCUUUUGAACUCUACUGAGAAGUGCUUUCCUUUCCUUUCAGUUGGCACAGCCAUCUCGCUCUCAGCCAAGCUUCAGGAUGGUUUAUUUGCUUUGCUAGAAUAGCAGUAAGCUGUAGCAGUUCACCACGGUCACACUGUAAGUGAUUUUAGCUCGUAAAAGGUGCUGGGUUGGCUGACAGAGGCAGUGUAGAGCUGUCACUGGUAUGUAGUGUGCUGCUCUGACAGAGCAGGGCCGUGCUGGGUUUGAAAGUAGCUGGCUUUUGGAGCUGUGGCCUCAUGGAUCCCUCUGCUCAUGCUGAGCCUCUUAAGAAUCAAAGCACUGCUCCUCUGGGCGUGCUGCUUCGUUUUCAAAGACGGGAUUAAAGGCACAGCAGUAUUCUUAUAUCCUGUAUGGGCUGGGAGCUGUUGCUACAAGCAGUACAAGUACCAUCCUGGACUGUAUGGAAAUCUCUGGCAGGCUCUGUUACUGUUACUGGUCUUACUGGAUUUUUGGGGCUGUGAACCAAAUGCUGCUGCUUUCCUGGGCGCUGAUGCUCCUCUCUCUGCAGCCAGCCUUCCCUUGCAGGGAGUCUCCCUCUGAGUGUUGGAAUAGGAAGAUUUCACCCAGAAGCCUCUGGUUGUUGCUGGUGGUGAGCCCUGCUGCCCCCUCCUCUAACAAAUUGGGAUCCCCCGUGCAGAGGGCUGAGCACAGCCUGGUGAGCAUCCUCCUGCACAUUUCCCUCUGGUGUCUGAAUGCUGUUUGAUCUAGCCCAGCUUCUUUUUAGUUGCUGGGCUGCCGGUGUGCUCCUGGGGCUGAACCAGAUGUAAAUGGUGCCCUGGAGGUUGGGGAGGUGAUGGUGACCUGCUGGUUUCACAUGCCCUGGGAAACCUUAGAAAUUAAGGCGAGGAAACGCUAUUACUUAUACAUGGCACAAGAGUCUAAAGUCACUUGCAUGUUUUAAUUAAGAGUGUUCCAAAGCAAAGGGUUGUUGUGCAGGCUGGGAGUGGGAAUAGCCCAGACUGGGAACACUAAGUUACCUUGUUGCUCUGUUUGUUAGCCCACCAUGAAGCACAGACCCAGCUGUUUGUGUUGGGUGCCAAUGCAUUUGCAUAGUUUGCUGUUGCCUGCGUAUCGUGGUGCUGCACGUAGGCAGAUCCCCACCUGGCUGAGAGCUGUGUGCUCAGAGCUGCAUGUCAGUGCAGUCAUUGCAAAAGAGAAAGGGAUUGAAACUGUGGUUCUUUUCCGUUAAAGGAUAAUUAAGCACUUUAAUUAAAGGAGAAAGUUGCCUCUCUGAUUAGUUGUAAGAGCAGUGAUUUUGAACACAGAUGAAGGCUGAAUUCUUCUUCCAUAAAAUGAAGAAAACAAAACCUACACACUUGAAAUAUACUCAGUGCAUUGAAAAAUAAUGUGAAGAAAUGCCCCAUGACAGGUAGGAUGUGUAAGGCUGCAUCCCAGCUCCAAUAACCCAAGCUCUGCUUUAUUUUCCUGGUUCUGCAGAGCCCACAGGUUCUGUCCUGUUUCCUCAGGCAAGGCUUGGCUGUGAGAUCCCUGCUCGGCCCUGCUGAGGUUGUGAACUCCUCUUGUUUGUAUAUUUUUUGCUUUGUGUUCUUUUAAACAGAGCUUUCCUCAGAGCCACCCAAUCGCAGCUGCUGCUCGAGCUGCAGUGUGAUGGCAGGUGUUGCCCUGUGCUUGGGAUUAGGUCCUGCCCCUUGGAAGGAUGCCUGCAUUUCAAAAUCACUCUUCUUUCCUCUCUCUUGCGCAGUGUCUCACUGAGCAGACACGCUCAGGUGCACUUUGGACUGUGGACAGCACAAACGACUUUUGCUUUACUCUCUGCUUUGGUGUACCCACAUCCUGUGAAUCCUUUAUGGUGUUGCUGUGCUUUCAGUCCUUCCUGUGGGACCUGUGCUGUAAAUCCAAGCAGCACUGUCCCAGUGAGAGGUCGUUAAAGGACUGAAGUGUAGUUAGCAGGGCAGCUUGAGCAGCUGAGUUUCAUUUCCUUUUUGGUCAGGGUCUGAGGAGCAGUCUAUGCAAAGUGCUGGCUAUUCUUACACACCGUUAGGGAAGAGGGACUCGUAUCAAAUGUCACAAACUGUCCAGGGUGCCUGCCCUACAUAUGGAGAGGGGCAGGAGGUGGAAGUACUGGAAUAAACUACUGCUUCUAUCUGAUCACUGAGUCUCGAAGUAUUUGGGGCAGUCUGAGAUGCUUUGCCUCUAUAAGCAGAGCAGGGGAAGUGUGGAGAAGCUGAGUGACCCAAGAGAUAAGCCAGCAACCCACUGCAUCACUGCAAGAGGAGCCAUGGCCCAGGUGAUACUCUCCUUUAAGUCACACUGUUCCCACAUGAGUUUCCAGGUUUAUCUGGGUGCCUGAAGCACAAAGCAGUUGCAUAAGGGCUGCGGUUGGUGAGGAGCAGAUGGUGCUGCCCAGGGAUGCACAGUGCCUGACCUGUGGGCUGAGCUGGCAGCUGGCAAACUGGAGCUGCAGGUGGUGAGUCGGAGCUGCAUCUGCUGUGAGACUGGGUGAGGAGGAGGAGGAGGAGGAGGAGGAAGGCUGCCUCCCUGCAGUGCCUCCCACAGACAGCUUACGCCUCUCCAGCACUUUAGCCAGGUAAAGUAUGCUGGGGUGGGGUGCUGGGGGAUAUCGCUGACUUGCUUUGCAUUUUUUAAAGUGGGCAGAGGGAGAAGCAGUGUUAGAAUUGCAAGUGGUGCCCAGAGGCCUCUGUAGACUCUGCGGUUUGAAAUGAAACCAAGCAACAUAACAGUGUUUGUGGGUCCCCUGUAGCAGGGGGUCGGUUCAUCACAGACACACCCUGGGGAGGCCCUCCAUCACAGCAGCUCCUCCCACCUCUCCCAAUAGCUUCUUUACUCCCCAGACGCAGGCUCCAGAAGUCAUCCAGGCCAACCACCUCCCGCAGCGUUCCAAAGGUUCAUCCGUAGGGCACGAAGGUCUGUGUGAAGCUCAGGGUCUUUCUUCACUGCCCCACUGCUCUCCGGUUUCUGCUUGCAAGAGCUCGUGGAUGGCUGCCUUAGAUUAGGUGUUGGUUUCAGAUUUAUUGAUGCCCAUUUGAUGCCCAUUUGAGCCCUUGAUAUUUUUAAGCUAGUGUAGCAGACCUUCCACUCCUGCUCGCUCCCCAGUAGAAGUCCGUGCAUCUCGGGCCCUUGGCGUGCAGCCGUACUGCCCCGAGCCUGCCAGCUCCCUUCAGCUGCUCUCCUGACCAUGGCAUUUACGUGGCCUCAGACCAGAAGGGGCUUUUGUGGGUUGUGAAAGUAAGCCGACAAGUAGCAACAGAUGGUAACAUUAUCAGUUUUACAGUCAUGUCUGCACCUGGUCACCGCAGCCUUAGUGAUUUUCAAAGGAGAAAUGCAUCUGGAAAGGUGACUGAGGGGCACUGACCACUCUCCUGUGGGCAGACCGAACUCCUGAGAAGUGAAAAUUACUCAGAUCCACUUAUUUACCACUUACAUGCAAUAGUCCACAGAUGGGGCUGUUACCCCUUCUGCUUUUCCUAAUAUCCUGGUGCAUGUUGGGCUGUUGGGGCACGUGGGGCCAUUCCUCAGGGUCAGACCCUACCCCCAGGAGUCUCUCUGGCCCACAGCUUUGCUUGGGGCAUGCAGGGGCAAUAGGUCAGUGUCCUAAUGACUGUACAAACAGCACUUCUCCCCCUUUGCAGGAGCAGGCUGUGAGCUCUGCCAGCCAUGCCGAAUUCCCCCUCUGGAAAUCAGCUCAGCCUCCCAUCCUCCCUGCAGCAUCAAUUGGCCACGGACAGCCUCAGCCUCCUCCUGGGGCUGCUCCUCUGGGGUGGAUCAGAGCCGUGCAUGGGCCCUGUUGGCCUCAGCACUCUUCUGCUUUUCCUCCUGAAGCAUGUGAUGUCCUUUAUGAGGUGGGGCAUGCAAUUACCUGUUGCCAGGAGAGAGGAGGUCGUGCUGGGAGUGGAGCUGUUUAAUCAGAGCUGGAUGCACUCUGAAAAGUCACUUUGGAGGAGGAGCAUCGCUCCCGGCUGUUUGACCUUUGAGGGCUUCCUCAAAUUCUUCUCUCCCACCACGAGGGCUGGAAGCACCCCAUGAGCAGAUCCAAACCUGAGGCCCUCAUGUAACUACAGUCAGCGUUGGGGCUGUAAGAAAAGCAGCCUUAAUUAAAUAACGAGACUUUGAGCAUCUGUGUGACUCCGGUGCUUUUGUCAGAGGCUGAUGGAUGGGGUGAACUGCUUAAGCUGAAGUGACAAAGCCUCACUGCCUCACCCAGGGAAGCAGGAGCUGCCCAGCAUCCCAGUGCCAGGAAGGGCCGCUCAAACCAUCCCCUUUUGUAUCCCCAAAGGAGUUGGGGUUGUUGGGAUUUGAACAGUUCAGCAGUCGAUAUGUGCUGUAUGUGCCCCCCCAGUGGAGUCUGUCUGUCUGUGUGUGUGUGUGUCUGUCUGCCCGUCCCUCUCCCAGCGCAGGGGAAGUUGCAGGCGCCUGCUGGAAGUGCCUCACAGGAACACCCGCAUCCGCCACAGAAAGGUGAACCGAAGGCUGCUCUUAACUCACAGCUGUCCUUACCGGAACGGUGGGCUGUGUUCCAGCUCACAAAAUAAACGUGUUUUGAGAAACACUGA